GAGGCUCUGAGGAUCGGCCCCUCCCACCCACAGAGUCAAGCCAACAGAGGGAAGACCUCCCCAAACCCUCCAUCCGGGCCGACCCAGGCCCCAUCGUCACCAGGGGGAGCCCUGUGACCAUCUGGUGCCAGGGGUCUCCGAAGCCUGCUGUCUACGCUCUGUAUAAAGAGAGGGGCGCUGAGCCCUGGCUGACCAGCACCCCACAGGACCCCAGAAACAAGACCGGCUUCCUCAUUGAACCCACGCACUCAUACCAUGCAGGGAUUUACCAGUGUGCCUAUUACAGCACAGGGGCCAUGUGGUCGGAGAGGAGUGACCCCCUGACCCUGGUGGUGACAGGACUGUACCGUGCACCCUCCUUCUCAGUCCGCCCGAGCCCUGUGGUGGCCACAGGGGGGAACGUGUCCCUCUCCUGCAGCUCACAGUCCACAUCGGGCACUUUCCACCUGCUGAAGGAGGGAGGAGCUGACCCGCCCAGACACAUGGAAUCGGAACCGAGGGUCUCUGCCAGGGGGUCGUGGGCUCUCUUCGCUGUGGGCCCCGUGAGCGCCUCCCACGGGGGGACCUACAGGUGCUAUGGUUCCUCCAGGUCUUACCCCUACGUGUGGUCAGAGCCCAGUGACCCUCUGCACAUCGAGGUCACAGGAGUGCACAGGGAGCCCUCCCUCUUGGCCCAGCCAGGCUCCCUGGUGCUGCCUGGAGACAGCCUGACCCUCCAGUGUCGCUCGGACGGCGGCUUUGACAGAUUUGCUCUGACCAAGGUGCAGAGGCUCACCGCCCCCCAGCGUCUUGAUGGGCAGCACAGCCCCAGCUUCCCUCUGGGCCCUGUGACCCGAGAACACGGGGGCCAGUACAGAUGCUACAGUGGACACAACCUCUCCCACGUGUGGUCGGCCCCCAGCGCCCCCCUGGACAUCCUGGUCGCAGGACUGUACCCGAAACCCUCCCUCUCAGCCCAGCCAGGACCCUCAGUGCCCUGGGGAGCUGAUGUGACCCUGCAGUGUGCAUCUGAGACCCGGUUCGAUACCUUCCACCUGCACAGGGAGGGGUCACUGGACCCUCCCCAGCACCUUCGUCUGCAGGGCAGGUUUGCACGCUCUCAGGCCAACUUCACCAUCAGUGCUGUGACCUCAGGCCAUGGGGGGACCUACAGGUGCUAUGGUUCACACAGCACCUCCCCCUACCUGCUGUCACACCCCAGUGACCCCCUGGAGCUCAGGGUCUCAGGUCUCAGUUGGAACCUGCCCGUCCUGAUCGGGGUCUCAGUGGCCCUCAUCCUGCUGCUCUCCCUCCUCCUCUCCCUCCUCUUCCUCGCCCUCCGACACCGGCGUCAGGGCCAACGCAGGACGUCGGAUGCUGCCAUGAAGGACCCAGAGCCUGGGGAGAGUGUGGAGCUGGACCCUCAGAACAGGCAGGACGCAGACCCCCAGGGAGGGAUGGACGCCCAGGGGAACCACUCAGGAUCCAGACUCAGGCAGGGAGCUGCUGCAUCCGACACCCCCCAGGAGGUGACCUAUGCCCAGCUGAACCUCUUGGCCCUCAGACGGGAGACAAGUGCACCCCCUUCCUCCCCGUCAGAGGAGCCCCCCGAUGAACUCAGUGUGUAUGCUGCUCUGGCCACGCACUAA